AUGGCCGGAUCUCUUCUUCUACAACCCAUGAUGCUGUCUCCUCAUCAAGAAGCAAUGGAAGAAGCAUGCAAGGCGGAUCAAGUCGCCGAAUUGCAGAAGCUUUUCGCCGAGCACGAUGUGAAGCCUGGCGACGACCCUAUCCCUUACUGGCAUGCAACACAAAAGGGUGCGCCUGCGACAGGCACUCUGUUCGUCGCGGCCAUUUCUCGUAGACAGCAGUCAAUCGUCCAAUAUCUGCGGUCCGCGUAUCCGAAGUUCGACUUUUACACUCCCCCAAUCAUCCAUGCGCUCACUGCGGCGCCAGAUCUUGAAAUGCUCAAGCUGAUUCACUCCUACUCACCUCGAAUUGUGAAUUUUGGGUUCGAUGACCACGUAACGACGCUGUUGAGCAAGGCGUGCGAAGGCGGUCCUCAAAAUGCCCCGUUUGUAGACUUCCUCUUGGACCACGGAGCCAUGGCCGACGACUUUGGAAGCUACACAUACCAAUUCGGAGGAGAACUAGUGUCCGCGAUUCAACAUGAUCAGCCGACACAAAUCAUCCAGAAAAUGAUCCCCAAGACGUCUCGUUUAUGGUUUCCUAUUGACGUGGCAAUCAGACGGAAACGUGUCGACGUACUCGAGCUGCUUUUGAAUGAAGAAGAGAAGAGGGGAGGACAUUCCUGCGAUGGAACAUAUGAGCAAGCGUUGCUUCGUAACGCGCAUGCCACGGCAGACAAGAAUGUGAUCGCCUUGGUGGAACGGUUUGCGGCGAAUUUUGCUGCCAGAGGCCUCCAAUCCACGAUAGCCUCCACAGAGAGUAGGAGAUGGUGGCAGUGUGGUGCACGGGCGGACUCCAAGAAUCACACCGACGCUGGACAUUCCACCAGCGCGCCUCGGACUGGUGCUGGCAGGUGGUGGUGGCCGCUGUCGAAGGUUGCGUGGGGACCCAAGUCUGCUGAUUACACGCCAGAAGGAAGGACCACCCGAUUCGGCUUCAGUUCAAGGAAGAUUGCUUUGUAG